GCUACAUGUACCACGUUGGUAACUUAAUUUUCCAUGGGAAACCAGUAUCUCUAAAGACCUUGGAAGUAAUGCUUUCAGAAGGUGAGUUGAGCGAUAGGUUGAGCAAUAUUCUCCGAGAUAUUGGAGCAGGCCUGGAAGUUAUUAGUGUCAACUCGGGGGGCAUUUGUUGGGACCUAGAUGUCGAGCUAUCUUCCAUCAAAAGUACAGUAUCCAUUUGUUGGGAUCAGCCGGAUUUCUCCUUUUUCUGCUCUUGAGCAAAC